AUGAGUGUAAUGGAGGGGUUUGAGAAGUCUCUAAAGACAUGGAAGUCAUGGGUUAUAGAGAGACUAGAUCCAGAGAGUAGUUAUAUCUUCUUCAGAAGUCUUUCUUCUGUGCAUUUUAGGAAAGGGGCAUGGAACUUGGGUGGUUUCUGUGAUGCAGAGACAGAGCCAGAGAUUGAUAUGGAAAAGAUGGAACCUGACCCUGUACAUAACAAUUAUAUCUCUAAAGUAAUACAAGAAAUGAGAAGUGAACAUAGUAAGGUUAAGUUCAUGAACAUUACAUAUCUGACUGAGUUCAGGAAAGAUGGUCAUCCUUCAAAGUAUCGUGGUCCGGAUGUUCCUGAAGAUGCUCCUCAAGAUUGCAGUCAUUGGUGCUUGCCUGGUGUACCUGACACAUGGAAUGAGAUUCUCUAUGCGCAGCUCUUGGCAAUGAAUUACCAAACAAAAUAA